UAAACCUCACGCUAGGUUCCCGCCCCCUUUUUCUGACGUCACUCCGGAUGGACGGAUUGCGCGCGAGCAUGGUCGCCUGGGAGACGGGAGGCUGAGGAGUGUGGACCGAACUACGAGUAGGCGCGCGCGGGGGAAAACGCACAAGUCGCUCACUACAAAACUUUUCACCGAACAUGGAGCAGCGUCGGUAAUUCAGUCUCAGUUUGGGAUAAAAGCUAAAAGUCGGCUUGAAGUCUAAGCAGUAAACAGGUGCUCUAACCUGGGAUCUGUUGCGGGCUGGGAUCACGAUAUCGGAGGAAGAAUUGUGGAUGUAUAUUCUAACUGGCACGCGCUCAGGAUGAUCACACACUCUUAGUAAUAUAGCAAGUGCAUGAUGCUACUUUAAGUGAUCGUGCAGUGAAGGACAGGGAUAGCUCACUAUUUAUCUUACUGACUAACAGUAACAAGCAAUCUACACAAAAGGAGUCGCAAAAAAAAAAAAAAAAAAAAAAAAACAUCUGAAACUGAAAGGUUAGAAACACUAGAAUGGCAGUGGAAGAAAAGUUGCCCGGGAAACACUGAGUGCGCACAUGGAGAGCUAAAUGAAGCCGUAUGAUGGAGCGCGUUGGGAAUCUCCUGGUCUCACUGAGGAGCGCUCUGCUCUGGAGCAUCCUGUGGCAAUCAAUGUCCUGUUAUGAGAAGACUCAUUCACAUGCUGAGGAUGAACUCUUCAAGAAGCUUUUUGUCGGAUACAACAAGUGGUCACGGCCUGUGCCAAACACAUCAGACGUGGUCAUCGUUAAGUUUGGCUUGUCCAUCGCCCAGCUCAUUGAUGUGGAUGAGAAAAAUCAGAUGAUGACAACCAAUGUCUGGUUGAAGCAGGAGUGGAAUGACUAUAAAUUGCGUUGGAAGCCCUCUGAUUAUGACAAUGUGACGUCCAUCAGGGUGCCAUCAGAGCUCAUCUGGGUUCCAGACAUUGUGCUGUACAACAAUGCAGAUGGGGAGUUCGCUGUGACCCACAUGACCAAAGCUCACCUCUUCUAUACAGGCAAAGUGCGCUGGGUUCCCCCUGCCAUCUACAAAAGCUCCUGCAGCAUUGAUGUCACCUUUUUCCCCUUCGACCAGCAGAACUGCAAAAUGAAGUUUGGCUCAUGGACAUAUGACAAGGCCAAGAUCGACUUGGAGCGCUUAGAGACCACUGUGGACCUCAAAGACUACUGGGAGAGUGGUGAAUGGGCUAUCGUCAAUGCUGUGGGAACAUACAACACCAAGAAGUACGACUGCUGCCAUGAGAUCUACCCAGACAUCACAUACUUCUUCAUCAUCCGACGCCUUCCUCUGUUCUACACCAUCAACCUGAUCAUCCCAUGUCUGCUGAUCUCCUGCCUGACUGUGCUGGUCUUCUACCUGCCGUCGGACUGUGGUGAGAAGAUCACGCUGUGCAUUUCUGUUCUCCUCUCGCUCACCGUCUUCCUGCUGCUCAUCACAGAGAUCAUCCCUUCCACGUCAUUGGUAAUACCACUCAUUGGCGAGUACCUGCUCUUCACCAUGAUCUUUGUCACGUUGUCCAUUAUCAUCACCGUGUUUGUGCUGAACGUGCACCACCGCUCACCAGGCACGCAUAAGAUGCCAAGUUGGGUGCAUACUAUCUUCCUCGAUAUCAUCCCACGUUGGCUGUUCAUGCGCAGGCCGGCUCCCUAUGGACGUCGUCGGCAGAGGUUACUGCUCCUGAAAAGUCGAAGGUCACGAGGACUUGGGGCUCCCACUGGAUCAUGUUUAAGCACUUCAGCCAGCUGGUUCAGGGAGGUGGCUGAGGAUGAGGAAGCACACACACGAUGCUUCUAUGAAGACCUGGAGCUGGGCACGCUGUCUUCUAAUUUCUCUCUCUCCUUCCGCCCUCCUUCUCCUCGUCCACCCGGCUCCACCCCAACUCCUUCUCCUCCACUCCCUCCUCAUCCUUCUUCUCUGUCUUUGAAACAUGGACCUCCUAUGAGACAUGAUGCACUGCUGGGUGCCAGGCAUCCAGGGGGUAGAGUGAACCAUACUAUGCGGCAAUCAGACAAUGAGCGGUUCUCUCUGUCUCCCAGCAUCAUGCAGGCUCUGGAGGGAGUUCACUACAUUGCGGAUCAUCUGAGAGCACAAGACGCCGACUUCAGUGUUAAAGAGGACUGGAAGUAUGUUGCCAUGGUGAUUGAUCGGAUCUUCCUGUGGAUGUUCAUCAUCGUUUGUCUGUUGGGUACCAUCGGCCUGUUCCUUCCCCCAUGGCUGGCUGGCAUGAUAUAGAGCCACUUACAUAAACUUGAAGACAAGCAGUACGGGUGCUGUGGAAAUACUCGUCAUUACAGACAGUGAGCGAGCCUGCCACGUGGAUGAAUAAUAUGGAAACUGUGCAAAAAUAUUUGAAUGAAGAGCAAGAAAUUCAUCAUGGAGCAGAAUGUCUGUCAGCACUGUGCAAGAGCCCAGAAAACAAAUUUAUCUUUCAAUGUAAAGCCUUGCAAUGAAUACUGAUGAAUAAAAUGUGGCGACUUCAAAAAAGACUUCUGCGUGAGUGCAAGCAGAGGUGUUAAUUUUGUGUCUAUCUAUCUUUCUCUCUCAAGAAUCAAUGGAUUAACAUCUGAUGCAGUGAGAUUUAGAGGAUGUGACAUGUACUGACACUCUGGCAAGCCCUUGGAGAAGCUGUAGUGAGCUGUCCUUCAUUUAAAAUCCCACACCAUCAGGGUGUGUCCCCGCCUCGCGCCCACGCACCAUGACCCUGACUAGGAUAAAGUAGCUACUGAAGAUGAAUGAAUAUUAUGUUUCUAUGUGUAAUUGGAAGUUAGAUUUUUACUUUUUUUGCAGUGAUUUUAGAAAACUAAGCUUCACAUAGGUUUAAGAUAACAGGGUUAUUACAGUACACAAGCAAGCACUGUGUUCAUGGCCAUGCUGGAACUGGGAGGUUUCCGAGCUCCAGUUUAACCGACUUGUAAUUCCCACAAGGAAAGUUUCUCAAGAGCCCUGUUUUUCAAAGUUGGGAUUCCGUGUAUUCAUUUCAACAUGUUUGCGUGCAUAGUGCAAGAAAGAGUAACAUGUUUUAAGCAUUUAAAACAGAUUUUCUAGCAUAUAUUUGUGUAUAAAGUAUUUUUUAACAUCACAGCAUAGUUGGCUAAUUGAAUGAUUAUGUUCUUUUGAGCUAUAUUUUUAUCAAACUGUGCCAUUUUGGUAAACAGUAUCUCCUAUGUUCUAAGCUUUACUUUUAAAAUAAAUUAAGUACCAAUCAAGCAACUCUGUGCAGCUAUUAUUAAAAGCAAAUUGAAAGCUUUUACGAGUGCUAGCUUACUGUGAGAAUACGUUUUUUUCUUAAACAUGUGAACAUGUGUGAACACACUGAGGUGAGGAGUCGGAAGUUCCCAGUUGCCAUGAAAACAGCAUUAGAUACUUAGUACAUUCAGGGGAUUAAUAAUGAGGCUAUUCCAUAGGAAAAACAAUAAACUGAAAUAUGCUCCCAGAACCCUCACUGACCAGGCUUAGAAUUUCUUCAGUUUUCUCUUGUCUGAUUGGUAUUGCUAAAAACAGUUUGCCCAACAUGUAAUAACAUAAUCAGUAAGGAUUGCAUUUAGACAAUAAUAGUGGCAGUGAUAUCCAGCUGUCUUGGGUUCGAACAGGCUUUUUCAGAGGUAUGACAAACAUCCUGUAGACCAAGAAUUUUUAACUACAUAUCAAGCAACAUAUCAAUGUAGACGCACUCAUACACAAAACAUAAACCUAAAAAAAAAGCAUGGUGCAUGAACACAAAUUUAAGCGUGACAGGAAAGGAUUGCCUUUUGGCCCUUUGCAUUAAUAUUCAGGUGCAGGAAGAUAUGCCAUGGUGCUGCCAAAAUUGGUUCUGCUAGUUUUAGCCUGUCACAGGGUGAAAAGGAGCUACUCAGCUGAACAUGGAAGGUUUUUUGGCAGACAGGACUGUCUUUUUUGUCUGAAGGAAAAGUGGAUGUUGUGGUCAAUUAAGAUAUUAAAAUCCAGUAUAUCCUUGACAGUAAGCAGAAAUAUAUUUACUGUAUAUAUAGAAGCCUUUGUGAUAGAUUACUACACCCACCAUAUAGGCAGAUGUUCAUUUUUUACUUUAUACUUUUGUACAGUCUCGCACUAAAUUCGCUUUACACAACCAAAUGAGUUCAAAGAUGUGAUACUUGGCAAAGUGUUUAAAUCUACAAGCUCUUCUUCAGAAACAUCAUAGAAAUUUUGCAAAUAUUAAUUGAUUUGCUUAUCACAUAAGGUAUUUACUUUUUAUGGUCUGAAUCCAUAGAUUGCAGACAUUCAUCCUAUUUUCAUAUGAAUUAUGCUCUCUUUCUUUAUGCCUUGUGUUCAUGAAAUCUGCCAGAAACUAUUUUUCAUCAAUUACCACUAAUCAAAGUACC